CGGUCAGCUGAAGGUGUUGCCCAACAAGACCCGAUUUCCGGUCGCUAUGAGGCACCGCCGGUCGCUUGUCGUACAGUACCAGAGUCUAGCUCAUCACUGGGCUGCUCUGUCGUCUCCGUCCCGCUGGUACAGGACUUGAACUGCUCACACACCAGACCAAUGAGGUCAUGCGACCCGAGCCGCCAUCGAACGGCGUUUGCCAGUCGUCAACUCCUUCGGUUGGAGCACGAGUUCGCUCGAGCAGCCUAUCUUUCCCGGCUUCGUCGAAUUGAAGUUGCAUGUGAACUGGGCCUGACUGAGAAGCAAGUGAAGAUUUGGUUCCAGAACCGACGGGUACGUCAAAAAAAGUCGGUUUUCACAGCUCUCAAACAGCGAAUCUCGCUGUCCAGUCAGUCGCGACCCAGAAGUUGA